AUGUCGUGGUUUGAUCCCAAAUAUGAAUACUUGACCACAGUAGUGUUCAACUGCCACAUUAUAUUAAUUUCAAACCUUCUGCUGUCAGUUAGAAAUAAAAGAUUAUCACGAAUACAAAAUGCAAAACCAAAGUUAAUAUGCGACGUCUUCAUCAACCACCGUGGGAUCGACACCAAGAAGAACGUUGCCGGCUUGUUGUACGAUAAUCUUACCAGGAAUAUCGGAGUGAGGGCAUUCUUGGACAGCAUGAACAUGAAACCUGGGGACAGGCUUUUCCAACACAUUAAUAGAGGCAUUCUGGAUUGCAAGGUUGGUGUUGCUGUCUUCUCUCCUCGCUACUGUGACUCCUAUUUCUGCCUCCACGAGCUCGCUCUUCUCAUGGAGUCCAACAAAAGGGUCGUUCCCAUUUUCUACGACGUCAAACCCUCGCAACUUAGGGUCAAGGACAACGGAACCUGCCCUCCUGCCGACCUUCAGAGGUUCGCCUUUGCACUUGAAGACGCAAAGAACACCGUGGGAUUGACGUUUGAUUCUUUGAACGGGGAUUGGUCGGAGUUGCUGAGGAAUGCUUCGGAAGCGGUGAUCAUGAACUUGUUGGAGGUGGAAGAGCGUGUCAAUGACGGUGAUAGAAUCUGUUGA